GUAAAGUUCGUUCUGUGAAUGCUUACUUUGAUCUAUGAUCAGUAAUCUCGUGAUUUAAUUUUUCACAAUUACUAAUCAGUUAAAAGAGCCGAAAGCGAAAUUAUUUCCUGUUUCUUUACACUGGUAGCCGAAAACAAGCUUGAUAAGCGACCAACAACCUCGAGUAAAGAUGCACAGGGCAACAUCUAGGGAGAAGUUCAGUUCUGCAAAACUUCCUAAAGAACUGGAUCAGUAUAUCGUAGAUCCUACAACGAAAAAACGUUAUCACCGCGGCCGUUUCCUUGGCAAGGGAGGAUUUGCAAAAUGUUACGAGCUCACCGAUAUGGAGACGAAGGAGAUCUUGGCGGGAAAGAUAAUUUCAAAGACCAUGUUGACGAAACCGCACCAAAAAGAAAAGAUGUCCAUGGAAAUUGCCAUUCAUCGUUCAGUGGGACAAAAGAAAAGUCUUGGCUCCCAGCCGCACAGACAUAUCGUUGGUUUUCGUGGAUUCUUCGAAGACGAUGACUAUAUUUAUAUUUUACUGGAGUUAUGCAGAAGAAGGUCCAUGAUGGAACUUCACAAACGUCGCAAAGCCUUGACUGAACCAGAAGUCAGAUAUUUCAUGAAGCAGAUUGUUGAGGGCACCAAAUAUCUUCAUGACAAUAAAAUCAUUCACCGUGAUCUUAAGCUUGGAAAUUUAUUCCUGAAUGAUGAUAUGGAUGUCAAGAUUGGAGAUUUUGGUCUGGCAACCAGAGUGGAGAUUGAUGGAGAAAGGAAAAAAACUCUUUGUGGAACUCCAAACUACAUUGCUCCGGAAGUGCUCAAUAAGAAAGGACACAGUUUUGAGGUGGACGUCUGGUCAUUGGGAUGUAUCUUGUACACUCUUCUUGUUGGAAAGCCACCCUUUGAGACCUCUUCCUUGAAGGAUACAUACCAGCGUAUCAAAAGAAAUGAAUACUACAUUCCUUCUAAAGUUUCUCACUCUGCACAGCUUUUGAUUAUUAAGCUUUUACGACCAGAUCCUGCAACAAGACCUGGCCUUCAACAAGUUCUAGAUGAUGAUUUCUUCAAGGGAUUCACACCGAGCCGCAUGCCAGUUAGUAGUUUAACCAUGGUGCCCAGGUUUGCCUCAGGAUCUUCUGCCAACCUUCUUGGCACAUCCAGACGGCCACUAAAUGAGUUAAACACACAAGAACCUGUUGCUAGCACAACCAGGAAAGACAAGGCUGCCUUUCUGGAAAAAGUAAGCAACAGAAGGUCACUUGGUGUUCGAGUUUGUGGUGCUGAGAGUAAACUGAUUAUGCCUGGUGAAGCUGUUGCUGAAGAGUUGAAGGAGGAAAACCAAGAUGAGAUACCAAAAGACUGUUAUCUUUCCCAACUUCACAAGCUUAUUACAUCCUGUCUGGACAGCAGACCUUAUCCUCCCCAUCGACUCACCAUUAAUGAAGAUGAUGCUGAAGACCCAGCAUAUGUUCCAGUGUACUGGGUUGGUAAAUGGGUGGAUUAUUCUGACAAGUAUGGCUUUGGUUACCAACUAAGUGACAACAGUGUAGGGGUUCUGUUCAAUGACUUAACAAGAGUCAUUCUUUUCCAGGAUGGAGACAACCUGCAGUACAUUGAUGAAGAAGGGAAGGAGCAUUACCACACACUAAAGGGUUACCCUAAAUACCUUGAAAAGAAAGUGACUCUUUUAAAACACUUCCUGACUUACAUGAAUGACCACUUAUUAAAGGCUGGUGCAGGUACCAAAGGUGCCAAAGAAGAUGAAUCGGCAAGGUUACCUUUCUUGAAGCAGUGGUUCCGUACAAAAGAGGCCAUUGUAUUGCAUCUCACUAAUGGCACUCUACAGAUCAACUUUUUCAAGGACCAUACCAAGAUUAUGGUGUGUCCUCUAAUGGGGGCAGUGACAUACAUUGAUGAGAGCAAAAGAUUCAGGACAUUUCCUUUGAAGAGCAUUGAAAAACAUGGCUGUAGUGCCAGUAUAGCCAAACGACUUAGCUAUGCUCGUAAAAUGAUAGAGCAAAUACAAGAGUCUGAAAGGAGAAGCAAUAAGGAAUGAAUGAACUGGAUUACCUUAGUAGUAAUCUUAACUUUAUGUUUUUCUCUUGAUUUCUUGAUUAUUUCCUCAUUUUAUUCAAUUAUGAUCUGUAUGGGAAGAUUUUACUGUUUAUAAUGAUGAAUUAAAUAUUUCAUUAUUAAACUAUUUAUUUGCAAAAAGUAGAAGCUGUUAGCCAGUCAAACUUUUAGGAUAGUACUUAAAAGCAGUCUAGUGUUAUACUCCUGAGUUAUGCUUUGUCAAUCACUUCUGUUGUUUCACUCAAUGCUGUUCAUCUUUCUUCAGACCUUGGCAAUUUGAGAAUGAAUUGAUGAAUUGAUUACAGAGGUCUUGUAACCAAGAAACCUCUUUGUAAGAAAAAGGAAGAAAUUCAAUCCAUAGAAGUUAUAAAUAAGUUAAGUUAGCUUCUAGAGUUUAUGGAAAGAAUUUUACUAAUUUACAAAUGUUCAUCCAAAUGAUUUGAUGAAGGCUUAAGAUAAUUAAUUUCCCUUUAUAGCUUAUUGUAUAAAUACUCCCAAUGCUUUUCAACCAAUUUAGAGUCUUUCAGUAUGUGAAAAUAACUAGUGAGGUCACUACAAUUUGUUCUAGAAACUAUGAAAAUGUGAAAGAAUAUGUUCACAAUAGUUAAGAUGAAUACUUCAAUUAUUGUUUGUUAUUAAUAGUUAUACCUUGUCAUUGUAA